UAACUGAGAACAUGACCAAUCGUGAUCUAGGCUAUGGAUGGAUGGAGUUGCCCAACUUGCUUGCCAAAUCUUUUCCUUUGCUAGAAAUCCUUCAAGAUCAUCCUCACUUCAAGAUAUGCGAGGUGGAACAUAAUGGCAAGCUACAUUGGAUCCAUCGUGGAAUCAUGGCUGUUUUAGCCGAAUUCACUGUUAUCAAUGAAGAGCUAGCCAUCUUGUGUCAUAUGCUUCCAGCACCUCCUCCUCGGGGUACUGAAUUGGUUGAAACUCGUAUUCGUAAUGGCCAAAUUCCUCGUAACCUCUACAAGGACCGCGGCACAUGGUUGAUUCACAUUCAUGUCAAAACCACCAAUAUCACUGGCAAUCUUUCGUUUGUACCAACACUCUGUCCUCCUCGCCUUGCCAAGUUAUUGGAUUGGUAUCUUUUAAUUGCUCGACCACUGGAGACAUUACUUGCUGCUCAAGUAUAUGACUCAGAAUCCACACCACUUUAUCAUGAAUUCCUUUUCUGUCAGCAUGGUCAUGUUCUCACCUCUCGUCAGUUCUCUGUUCUAAUGGAACAGUAUACUGCUCGCUUUAUGGGUCUUUCUCUUAAUCUACGCACUUGGCGACAUAUGGCUAUUUCCAUACAACGAGAAUACAUUGGUGAACAAGACACCAUUGUCAACAAUCUUGGAGAUCUUCUUGCCAAUCAUAGCACCAAUCAAGCACGCCGCACCUAUGCUCGUGAAGUUGGAUCUUUGCCUUUCCUAACCACAGAUGCCAUGCUAGAAAGCCGUGACAUAUGCAACUCCUGGCAUGAUGUACUUGGAUGGGGAUCCAACUUGCCUCCAAUUCCUCAUCGUCUUCUUCAUCGAUUAAGGACAUCCUCCACCACUAUGGAUCCAACAACCUUUCGUACUAGUGAUUUCAAGGAAGAAAUUAAAGGCAUGGUUAAUGGAGCAGUUACCAUUGGGAUGGGGAACCUAAAGCAUCAGCUUGAAGACAUGUUAGCAAAUGCCUUUGCUAAAGGAUUUGCUAGUCAUACUCAUGCCCCACAAGCUAUCCAGCCUCAAUAUCCUGCACAGCUCAUUCAUGUUCCCAAUGCCAUCUCCACCGUUCUAUCUCCACUACCAGCAAAUCUUUCUCAGGCAUCCCUUGAAUAUGCCACUCAAGUUCAGCCAGUAAUGGCCACCACAGUCACUCAUACCCUUGCCAGUAACACUCCUAACUACUUUCUUGAUGAUAAACUCUUCUAUACCCAUCUUGGAGAACAUCUCAAGCUUGCUACUCCUCAACCAGACCAGAUGUUACGUCUUCUCAAGUGGGCUCGUCAGGAUUCAAGGGCUACAUUCAAGUCAGAGGCACAAAUGCAAAUGCUUUUCUACAUCAUCAAGCGGGACUGUAACCUAAUGGUGGUUUUGCCCACUGGUGGCGGUAAAAGUCUAGCCUGGGAAGUGCCUGGCAAGAUGGCAGAGCCAAAGCUUAUCACCAUCAUCAUGAUUCCCUUUCUACCAUUGAUUGAUGAUCAACUUCGACGUAGUGCUGCAUCCAGAAUUGUGGCAGCCAAGUGGAACUCAGCUGCUCCACCCACAAAUCCCAAACUACGCUUGCUUUUUGCCUCAUAUGAAUCACUGGCAACCAGUACCUUUAUUGGUUGGAUCAAACUACAUCAAGAGAACAUUGCUCGGCUCAUCUUUGAUGAAAGUCAUGAACCUUUGGUCUCUGGCAACUAUCGACCCAAGAUGCAAAUGCUUACAGUGGUUCAAGAGUUCACAUUUCCCAAGAAUAUCAAGAAAAGGGGGAAACCAUGGCCAUGGAGUUGGUUCAAUACUUGGAUCAGCAUCAUAUCAAGCCAGACUCUCGUGGAUUGA